CCCCCCGAUUCCGGCGCAUCUGACCACCUUCACUAAUCUGUAUAUUACUAGUAUCUGUAUCAAUGACCAUUCACCAGCUGCAAAACAACAACAAAAAUACACAAAGCACCAUAAUCGACUAACUUGGAAUUACGUCGGAUAUCAUUAUAUGGAUAAUUAAAUAGUCUUGACGGAUACCCGGCGUGUAGUCUGCACUCGACGUCUCCUUUAUUUAGCUUUGAUGCACUUUGUACCACCUGUCCUGUGGCCGUGUUCGCACGUUCGAGAAUUUGGCAAGUUCUAAACAAAUUGGGUGACUAUUUUCAUUGUUAUUCCUUGUUUUAUCAUAUUGUAAUGGAGGGAAAAUGGAAGGAGCUCCCUGUUUCACUCAGUUGCUGCGUGAAGACAAGUUUGAAGAAAAUGAAAUUUGACAGAAUGACUCCCGUUCAGGCAGCAACAAUUCCACUUUUUCUGAAGAACAAGGAUGUGGCUGCAGAAGCGGUGACAGGCAGCGGAAAGACACUAGCCUUUGUUAUACCAAUCAUAGAAAUACUACAAAGGAGAGAACAGCCAUGGAAGAAGAAAGAGGUUGGUGCUAUUAUCAUCACACCAACACGAGAAUUGGCGACACAGAUCAACGAAGUGUUGGAACAUUUCACUAGUCUCCUUCCCAGUCUGAAACAACGUCUGCUGAUAGGGGGCAGCAGUCCUCUCGCUGACCUGGAGAAACUACAAGAGGGAGCCAACAUUCUGAUCGCCACACCAGGUCGUCUUGAAGACCUUUUUGAGAGGACCACUACAGGGAUCAGUCUACCAGCAAUGGUCAAGUCUCUGGAGGUCCUGGUGUUGGAUGAGGCUGACCGAUUGCUGGACAUGGGAUUCACAAAGAGCAUCAACACAAUCUUGGGUUACCUCCCCAAACAGAGACGGACUGGUUUGUUUUCAGCAACUCAGACAGAUGAAGUCGAAGCACUUAUCAGGGCGGGACUUAGGAAUCCAGUCAGGAUUGUUGUCAAAGAAAAGAACAGUUCAUCUACUGAUGUGAGACGAACACCUCUAACUCUAACAAACUACUAUGUGGUUAGCCCAAGUGAUGAGAAGUUCAGGUUGUUGGUUGCUUUUCUUCGAAAGUACAGAGACCAGAAACACAUGGUGUUCUUCAGCACAUGUGCGUGCGUGGAGUACUUCACUGUGGCCCUUCAAGCUCUAGUACGGAAUACAACCAUCCUCUCACUGCAUGGCAAGAUGAAACAAAAGAGAAAUAGUAUCUUUAGUCAAUUCAGGGAACUUACAAGUGGCAUUCUGGUAUGUACUGAUGUGAUGGCUAGAGGGGUUGAUAUCCCAGAAGUCCAUUGGGUUCUACAGUACGACCCGCCAACCAGUGCAAGUGCCUUUGUACAUAGAUGUGGAAGAACAGCUCGUAUUGGUAACUUGGGCAAUGCCCUGGUAUUCUUACGACCCUCGGAGGAUUGCUACAUUGAGUUCCUAAAGAUAAAUCAAAAGGUUCACUUAGAGCCUUAUGAGAAGAUAGAUGAACUUGAAGUAGUGGAUGUUCUUCCUAAGCUGAGAAAACUAGCAACUAAAGACAGAGCUUUAUUUGAGAAAGGAACAAGAGCUUUUGUCUCCUUCAUCCAGUCAUACGCAAAGCAUGAGUGCAGUCUUAUCUUCAGAGUUAAAGAGCUUGACAUAGCAGCGCUUGCCAGAGGUUUUGCUCUCCUACGACUUCCUCGAAUGCCGGAGCUGAAAGGGAAGAACUUCCCAGACUUUGAACCAACAGAAGUGGACUACAAUUCAAUACCUUACAAGGAUAAGAAUAGGGAGAAGCAGAGGAAACACAAACAAAAGCUGAUUGAAGAAGGAGUUAUCUCACCCCACUCAGGGAAAAGGCAAAGAAGAGGUAAAAGUGUAGCAUGGUCAAAGAACAAAGAGCAGAAAGAAAAGAAAAAAGAGAGGAAGCAGAAAAAAGAAGCUGCUAAAAAGAGAAAACAACAGUUUGAUGAAAAUGAUCUCAAUGAGUUGGCAGAUGAUGUUCGUCUCCUGAAGAAACUCAAGAAAGGAAAGAUAAGCAAAGAGGACUUUGACACCAAUUUCGGAGUAGAUGGUGAGGAUUCAUCAGCGCGGCAAAAGGAAAGCAUGGCCGACAAAACAUGACAGUCCCAUGUAUCCCGUUUUAAGUUGGACAAUGAUUAGAAAUAUGCAGAUAAUAAAUACUGUGGUAUUCCUAACAGAUCGGAUGGAAAGACUUGAGAUGUGCGACUGUGUUGCUCAGUUAUCGAGGUUGAAUUCCUCAUUCACUUUAUAAAGAACUCGUCUGAGCUGUUUUAAGUUACUACUGAAUUCUUCGUUUCGCAGAUGAUUUGUACAGGACCUACCCAGUCCCAGUUGACAAUGGCUUAAAGGUGUUCCUGGCAGGAAACACUAUUUAAAUUUAUAGAAUAGAAUUCAAGGAGCAAAAAUAAAAAUUGAUUUUUUUUCUGAAAAUGUCUAAUUGCAAGUCAUAAUGAAUGUGCAAUAGACUGGCGAUACCAUAUCCCCAUCCUACUUUUUCUUAUAUAAUUACAUGAACUCAUUAUUAUUUCAUAUUUUCAUGCAUGUGAUUGUGUGUAAAUUAUGUCUUCCUUGUAACAAAAUAAGAUUCAGCAAAGAUGAUCUUAAACAUUAAAUCAUUUGUCAAUCCUGUAUUUACAUUCUUGGAGGGGAAUAAUGAAUAAAUAGGAUUUUAUAUAACAAUAUGCAAAAGAAUAAGUGGGGAUACGACAUCAUCAGCUUGGUCAUUGCACAUUUAUGAAGACAUGCAUAGAAUUGUCAUAUCUUUAUUCCAAGUCCGAUUUUGAUCUGUUCAAAUCAUUUUUUUUUCAGCCUUAUGUACCCCAUUAUUUCCACAAAGUUAGUACUACAUGUAGUUUCAUCAUAUUCACAAGUUAUUUUGAUGAUUCUGAGGGUGUUUCACAAAGAUUUUAGUCUAAAUUCAAGUCACACUUAAAUUCUCAUUUGCAUGCGGUGUAGAAGGUCUCACUGCAUUGGUCAAAUCAUGCCAAUAGGAUGCGUGCUACUGGGUGUUUGUCGUUAGGUUUGCAUGUCACAUAUCAUGUCCUCGUCAGAGUUUAAGCAGGACUCUAAGUCACACUAAAUCAAUCAGUAUAGUUUGUCCUCAAUUUUUAUGUGCAAAGAAACCUCUUAAUGUCAGGAUGAAAUUAAAUGUUUAUUUUAUAACACUA